UUACAACAUCAAGCCGACUACGAGUGAGCGAAUAAAAAGAGAGGAAAAAGCGUGCUUUCUAAACAGUAGAAAAGCCUCGCGUAUAUUUGAAACAUUUCAGAGAGUGGUGUAGUUUAUUACAGAAACGUGGUUGCCUCUCCCGGGCUCGUCAUAACAUGAAAGCAGACGAUUUUUCGUGGAUGACGAGCAACAGUUUAGUUUUUUAUUUUCUAAAAGGUCGAUGACAGUAGUCGAAUUAGAACCGACCUUGUAACUUUCACCCUCAUUCUAUUUACCGACAUCGACCCAUACUAUUUUGAAAACGAAAGGAGCUACUACAAGAGCCGGUACAUUCCUCACCAGCACGAUCUCGCUAUGGGCUACGACAUCAAGUGGAUCAUACCGAAACUUAGAAACUCUACAAACCUUUGGAACUUUGCUAGCAGCAUAACCUUCGCAGCAGUCGGUAUAGUCUCUAAAAUCAUCAUGGAAUGGUUAAACAAAACUACAGUAUAUAAUAAACAUAUCAUUGAAAGGGCAUUAAAUUCACGACCAAAAGAAGUCCCUUUAAUAACGGUAUCAAAUCAUCACAGUUGUUUUGAUGAUCCUGGUAUUUGGAGUACAUUGAAUUUGAAGAACCUGCUAAAUCGGCGUAAAAUGAGAUGGUCACUAGCAGCUCAUGAUAUUUGUUUUACAAAUAUGUGGCAUUCUUAUUUUUUUAUGCUUGGAAAAUGUAUACCUGUAAUUAGAGGUAAUGGAAUUUAUCAAGAAGCUAUAGAUUUUUGUAUAGAGAAAUUAGGAAAAGGAGAUUGGAUUCAUAUAUUUCCUGAAGGCAAAGUUAAUAUGUUUAAAGAAAAUAUGAGAUUAAAAUGGGGUAUUGGAAGGUUAAUCUUUGAAUCACCAGUAGUGCCAUUAGUUGUACCAAUUAUUCAUCUAGGUAUGGAUCAAGUUCUUCCAAAUAAAACUCCUUAUAUGAUUAAGAUAAAGAAAAAAAUAACCCUAUAUUAUGGGGAACCAAUAGACUUUAGUGAAAUGUUAAUAGGAUUAAGAAAAUCAAAUGCUGACGAAGUAGAAGCUCGAAAGGCUAUUACAGAUCGUAUUCAAAACGAACUACUUAAACUAAAAGCAGCUACAGAAAAACUUCAUACACAACUUUGACAUUAAAUUAUUAGCUGAAACUAUCAGCUUUAACCAAAAAUAAUCGGGGCAAAAUAUACCACGUAAAUACUAGUACUAUUUUGUUGAGUAAAAAGAGUAAAGCUAAUAGAAUUUAAACACUUUACAUUUACAUAAAGAUGAAAUUUAUAAUUAAAUUAC